CAAACAUUCGACACAGCAAACUCCAAGUAGCCAACCGAGAUACGCAAGGAGUCGACCAAGUCCAGAAUUGGAACAACAUGCUGUCGUUCAACCAACCCGCAGUCUACCAGGCUGCUAAGUGUUAUGUGACCCACGGAGUAAUGGGGCAUUUGGACCCAGAACAGCCUCCCUCAAAAUCGAAGCCUUGGACAACAUUUACAAGCCAAGAUUUUGUGCAUAGGGCCGACUUAAUCAUCCCUCAAGAGUUGCUUGAACUGGUCCAAGACAAAGUGCUUAAAAAGAUGCCGGCAACUCCGUUCAAAAGGGUGGUCUUGUCACUACAUGACAUGCUCUCAGGCGAGUUCUUUACCGAGUACAUCAAGAAGGGAAAUAUCCUGAUGCUCUCUGAGGGGAGGAUAGGAAUUGAUAACGUUUUUACCUUGAGAAGAGGCACUCUCACCAUGUACUUGGAUAGGGAAACUUAUGAGCGAGCAGGGUUGGUGGGGAAGCCGCAUGGUGUCAAAGGGAAGCGGGGGACGAAGCCGCGAUGGAUUGUCGAGUUUGACCUCACCGCGCCAUCCAUGUUUCCAGGGAAGAAGGGGUUUGACCGGUUGAUAUAUGCGAGUAAAAACGCCCUCGCUCAGCCCAUCACAUGGCUAUUCUGCAACACCUCCACAACUCCCGAUCCCGACCCUCUCUCGCGACACGCCUUUACUGAGUGCACCGCCAACCCUGGUAGGUCGGAGAGCAUCGAUGCUGUGAUGCCAAAUCUCACCCCGGACAUCGGUUUCCUUUCUUCUAUCGGCAGAGAGGAUUUUGAGGAUUUCGCAACCAGCUUGUACGAGUGGAUCUCUCUGGUCCGGCUUCAAAGCCCUCGAAUCCAGGUCGGCGAUCAAAUCGACCCCUAUCUCUCCCUGUACCGGGUUCCCGAUGGCGGGCACGAGGGCAAACUCUGCAAGAUAAGCUGGGAAGGCUUUCUCGCACCAUCGUGGUCUCGGCAGACCUUGAUCAAUAUCGUCACCGCUCUGCCACACAAGGCGUGGUUCUCGUUCAGCACGACCACCUUCUCCAAGGGCUUGACCGGGGACAACGCCGAGUGCACCAUUCUCCGCCCGCCGAAUUCAUCAGGGGAAUACCUCAUGUGGGAGGUCAAAGGCCAUGAAUGAGAACGAAGCUAGA